AUCGGAAGCCACCGGUUCCCUCUCGAUUGCAGAGCAGUGAGCUCCCAUGGCGGACGAAGCAGAAGCUGCACCUGCCGGAGAAGACGUCAUGGAAACGGAAGCUCUGGCAGUGGAACCUCGAGAGCAGCAACAGGUCGAAGUCGCAGCAUCUCUCUUUCCUCUAGCAAGCUCGUCUUUGUCAAUCCCCGCCACGCCGAGCGCCCCCCAGUGGCUCAGCAACUCCAGCUUCACCGUCGACCUCUCCACCGUAAACGUCGAAGUCGCCUCCCUCCACAGCCGCGACGCGGAGCUGGAGCCUGAAUGGGAAGAGGACAGGGAGGGAGAGGACAAGGCAACCGCCAAGGCUUCAUACGAGCUGCUGGAAUCCUCCGGGUCGGAUGGCGACACGAGGAGGGAGAGGAAAAGGAGGAGCAAGAAGAAGAAGCGGAAGAGGGAGAGAUCGAGGGAGCGAGCAGACGUGGGGGCCGAAUUCGGGGCAAGGAAAUCUGGUGUUCGUGCGUGGGCCGGCCCGGACUUUAAGCCGGCGAAGGAAUAUUACUUCGAUUCCCACGGGGAUCGGGAUAACUUGGCAUUUGGAAGUCUUUACAGAAUGGAUGUUGCCCGCUAUAAGCCUUUCAGUUCAGAUAAAGGUUUUGGCCUCGGGUUUGGAAGGUCUUAUCAGAGAAAGGGAUCUGUAUUUGACAGGGAUGAGGACAUCGAUGCACUGGACAGUAAACUAAAAUCCGAUGGUCGCUAUUGGUCUCCCAGAUAUUCGGCUUUGGAACGUCAUAAAAGUUAUAGGCGCUUUCGGAUUCUUGCACCCAAGAAGUCCGAUGAUGUAGUUCUGGAUGAUUUUAUUCCUUUAUCAGAAGCUGAGACCUCACAUGAGAGCGCUGAUGGUAGUUCGACCUUAAGAACCACGAUAGAGGAGUCAUGGGAAGACAAGGUGCUGCGGAAGACACGGGAGUUCAACAAAAUGACUCGAGAGCAUCCUCAUGAUGAGAGAAUAUGGUUGGAAUUUGCUGAAUUUCAAGAUAAGGUUUCGAGUAUGCAACCCCAGAAAGGUGCCCGUCUGCAAACUCUUGAAAAGAAGAUCAGUAUCUUAGAGAAGGCAACUGAACUCAAUCCAGAUAAUGAGGAUCUAUUACUUGCCCUUCUGAAGGCUUAUCAGAGUAGAGAUAGCAGUGAUGCGCUCAUUGGAAGAUGGGAAAAGAUACUCGUACAGCAUUCAGGAAGUUGCAGAUUGUGGCGGGAGUUUUUGCAUGUUCUACAAGGUGAAUUUUCCAGGUUCAAAGUUUCUGAGUUGAGGAAGAUGUAUGCUCAUGCAAUCCAAGCCCUAUCUUCAGCAUGCAGCAGGCAAUCCAGGCAGGUUAAUCACAUUGGUGGAUCUCCUGAUAAAGCUACCACUCAAUUGGAGGUUGGGCUUGUUGAUAUAUUUCUCAGUCUUUGUAGGUUUGAAUGGCAAGCGGGUUACCAGGAAUUGGCCACUGCAUUGUUCCAGGCUGAAAUUGAAUUUAGUUUGUUUUGUCCCUCCUUGCACUUGACUGAGCUGAACAAGCGAAGGCUUUUAGAACAUUUCUGGAACAGUGGUGGUGCAAGAGUUGGAGAAGAAGGGGCACUUGGUUGGGCCACAUGGUUGGAGAAAGAAGAGGAAGAUAGGCAAAGGGUUAUGAAAGAAGAGUCUUCACUAGAUGAUGAAAAAGGUGGUUGGACUGGCUGGUUAGAGCCUCCAUCCAGGAAUGCAAAAACAACUGAAGAUGCAGUGGAGAUCCCCAAUGCAGCUUUUGAGGAACUCCCAGAGGAGCUUGAGGUUGAGCCUGAAGAUCUCAAACAGGAAGAUGACACUGAAACUUUACUGAAAAUGCUAGGCAUUGAUGCUGAUGCUGGGGCGAAUGUCGAGGUCAAAGACCCCUCAACAUGGGUUAGAUGGUCAAAGGAAGAGUCUUCCAGAGAUUGUGAUCAAUGGAUGCCUAUUCAUUCUGAACCCGCUGGGACCUCUCCCAACGAUGGGAAACCUGACAAGGAAGACGAUGAACAGCUUCAGAGUGUUAUACUAUAUGAAGAUGUUAGUGAGUUUUUGUUCUCACUGAGCUCUGAGGAAGCACGUCUGUCUCUAGUCUCGCAAUUUGUUGAUUUUUAUGGUGGAAGAAUAUCUCAGAGUGUUUGCACAAACAGCUCAAGUUGGAUGGAGAAAAUCCUCAGCCUUGAGGCAUUCCCUGAAAAUAUAUCUCAGCAUUUGAGGAGUGUUCACGAUAUUUUAGCAAAGGCAGAAAUUUGUUCUAAUGGCCAUAAUAGCUUGGAGUUCCUCCUAAGCGGCGAAAACAAGCUUCAUCAGAGGACUAAUAUGAUGACAUUCCUUCGAAAUGCUGCCCUACUCUGUCUAAAUGUCUUCCCUCGAAAUUACAACCUCGAAGAAGCUGUCCUCAUUGCUGAAGAGUUGUCUGUUACUGAAACGAACUCUUCUAGCAAUUCUGCAACUCCGUGCCGAGUUCUUGCCAAAAGCCUCUUGAAGAAAGAUCGUCAGGAUGUCUUACUUUGUGGAGUUUAUGCACGGAGGGAAGCUGCUUUCGGGAACAUUGAUCAUGCAAGAAAAGUAUUUGACAUGGCUUUAUCAUCUGUUGAAGUGCUUCCCCCGAAUCUAAAAUCAACUGCACCCCUUUUACACCUAUGGUAUGCGGAGAUGGAGCUCUCAAGUGGUCUGGAUGAAGGUUCAGAAUCCUUGUCCCGGGCUAUCCACAUUUUAACUUGCUUUGGGAGUGAUGUAGCAUACAGCCCAUUCAAAAGUCUACCUUCAAACUUGCAAUUGCUGAGAGCCCGUCGAGGCUUUAAAGAGAGAAUCAAAACAGUACGUUCUGCAUGGACAAUAGGGGCCAUUGAUGACCAAUCUGUUGCUAUUGUCUGCUCAGCAGCUCUGUUUGAGGAGUUGACUGUUGGGUGGGCUGCAGGUAUCGAAGUUCUCGAUCAGUCCUUCUCAAUGGUGCUUCCAGAGAGGAGAAGCAACAGUUAUCAACUCGAGUUUUUAUACAACUUUUACUCGAGGAUGUUUCGGAGGCAUCAGAAGCAGUUGACCCUGCCAAAGAUGUGGGAUAUGAUCAUACAGGGCUUGCAGAUCUACCCUUUCAAUCCCGACCUCUUUAGCACUUUAGUUGACAUAAGCCAUGUCUACACCACCCCGAAUAAGCUGCGGUGGUUCUUCGACAGCUUCUCUUGCAAGAGACCUUCAGUGAUUGUCUGGCUUUUCGCAUUGGCUUUCGAGAUGACGAAGGCCAAUUCCGAGCACAGAAUACAUGGGCUGUUUGAGAGGGCAUUGACCAAUGAGAAGUUGCGUUCUUCAGUAGUACUUUGGAGGUGCUACAUUGCAUAUGAGAUUGAUGUAGCUAGAAACCAUUAUGCAGCAAGGCGGGUUUUCUUCCGAGCUAUUCAUGCUUGUCCAUGGUCUAAGAAGUUGUGGCUCGAUGGCUUCCACAAGCUUAGUUCCGUUCUGACUCCGAAAGAACUAUCGGAUUUGCAGGAAGUAAUGCGGGACAAAGAGUUGAAUCUGCGAACAGAUAUUUACGAGAUUCUCUUGCAAGAUGAGGGCAUGUCAUGAAGCGAAAACCAAAGAACAGUUAAUGUUCCCUGACAUACAUGUAUAAAAUGAAAAAAAUCGUAGUUCGUGUACGUUAGAUUUCAAAUCUUGAUCAUCAAAUUAUGAAAAAGCUAGAUUCUGAUGA